AUGAACUCACCUCCCGUCAGAGAUCGUUCUAGGCUACACAGCGUCAGUGAACGAGACCGACUUGCAGAGAAAUUAGCAUUAUGGAAAUUGGAAGACUCUGUGCUGAGGGACAGCGAGGACUACACAGUACGAGGGGAGGACAGCAACCCCUCUAAGAUACCUGCCCGCAUAAGGGAGAUAAUCACAAAGAACUUGACCUCUGAAGACCCUAGUCCUGGAAGGAUGGCUUCGUCAUCAAGUUUGGCUCAGGUCCAGGAGGAGAACCAACUCCUUGCCUCAGAACUAAACCGUGUUGAGGACCUAUUGGCGGCUAGUCGGGCAGAGAGGGAUGAACUCGGCAUCAAGUACAACGCCAUGAGUGAAAAGCUUGAGCAGUCACUAAAGGGAGACAACGCUGACCAGUCGGUGGACGCUCCCUCUAAGAACCUCGUCCAGCAGAACAUUGAGCUGAGACGUAAGUUGGAGGACGAGCACGGAAGUUACAAACGUAAGCUACAGGCGUACCAGGACGGUCAGUCUCGCCAGGCACAACUUGUACAGAAACUGCAGGCCAAGGUUUUGCAGUACAAGAGGAAGUGUGAAGAUCUAGAACUUGACCUUGGCGACGUAAAAACACGUUACGAUCAUCUAAAGUCGUCGACAGAGAGUUCUAAACAGCAAGAAACUGAAAAAAAUAUGGAUAUCGAACAAGUAUCCAUCAAGCUGGAGGAGGAACAGCAGAGGAGUGCCAGUCUGGCCCAUGUGAAUGCUAUGCUGAGAGAACAGCUAGACCAGGCCACAGCAGCAAAUCAAUCUCUCACCAACGACAUCCAUAAACUUACCCAGGACUGGCAGAGGGCACGUGAGGAGCUUGACGCCAAGGAGAAUGAAUGGAGGGAAGAGGAACAGUCCUUCAAUGAGUACUUCAGUGCUGAGCAUGGACGUCUUUUGAAUCUGUGGCGACAAGUUGUCGCUUUUCGGCGCAGUUUUGGUGAGCUGAAAACAGCCACUGAGCGUGACAUGUCACAUGUUCGUGCUGAUGUGGUCAAGGCCUCACGCAGUGUUCACUCUGCCUGUCUCAACCUCAGUGCUAACAUGCGUAACUCGGAAACCUCCUCCCAGGUUCUUCUUGACCGUGAGCGAGCUGACCGUACAUCGCUUGAGUCACAGUUGAGGGACAAGAUCCGUGAGGUUGGAGAGGUCCAGAGUCGCUAUGACAUCCACAGCUCUGAGCUCAAUGCCAAGGUGAAUGAACUGACCAUGAUGAAUGAGAAGCUCAAGAUCCAACUGGAGGAGCGAGAGAAGACCAUUUCUAACCUCCAACGCAACAUUGGUAACAUGGAAACACGCCUUGGUGAGCGCAGCUAUGACCUUCCGGAGACCGACACUGCCCGCCAAAUGAGAGAGGAAACCGACACCAUCCACCUUGCUCUCCGUAACAUUGCUGAGGCAGUGAUGAAUGAUGUAGAUGAGGUUCCUCUGGAUGAAGAGGCAGCUGAGGCUGCUGGAGGUCGCACAUCUCCAACAAGGGCAAGGUCAAUCUCCCCCACUGCAAGGGCAAGGUCACCCUACAUCAGAAGUCGGUCCAAAUCUCCUCUGUCUGGUACAAGGUCACCAGCUUUCGCCGACGCUACAUUCUCAGCGGUUCAAGCUGCUCUGAACAAGCGUCAACUCCAGGUGGCAGAACUUCGUGCGAAGCUUAACGCGACGCGCGAUCAUAACUGUGUCAUCCGGAAAAACCUUGAUGACCUUGAUAAUGAACGCCGUAGAAUGGAGGUUCAGAUCCUUAAUCUUAAGGAAGAGCUGGACAUAGCGAGGAGAGACCAUGAAGAUUCCAACCGCGACCGUAACAGAAUCAAGAACGUCCUUAGUCUGACAGGUAAUGAGAAGUCACAGCUGGAGAAGGUUCGUCAGGAACUCAAUGACCAGAUCGAGGGUCUACAACAGGAGAAUGAGAAACUACAGGCAGCCAACACAGAUCUCCAACGGCAACGUGACAAUAUGGAGGAUGAACGCGAUGAUGUCUCCAAAGAUAAGGACCGCCAGGUCAAGGAGAACGAAAGGAGUCACCGUAUGAUUGACCAGUUGGAGCACAAGAACAGUACACUAAAGGAAGAAUUGGUUUCCACAAAGGAAGCACUGAACCGUGCUCUUCUGGACAAAGAAGUUCUUGAGCAGCAGAAGGGAGAAAUUUCGGACACUCUGUCCAAGGCAGAGUUACAGAAGGCAGACCUGGAGCUAGAAAUUAACCGUACUAACACAGAGGAUGCCGGCCUCAGGGAUGCCCUGCUCAAGAUGCAGGCUCUUAAUGAAGGACUUGGUCAGGACAAGAUUGAGCUCAACAAAAUCAUCAUGCAGAUGGAAUCUGAGAAGGCAAGCUUGGCUGGAGAGAAACAAUUGCUGGAGCAAGAAAAGACAGGAAUCCGUGAGGAACUUGUUCGUGUGGAACAGGAGAAGAUGGAUCUGGACACCGAGAAGAUGGGCUUGAACCAGACUUUGGAGUUGAGUGAGAUGACAAGGCAACAGCUAGAGGAUGAGAUUGGAGCCCUGAACAGAGAGAAGGGAGAGGUGACAGAAAACCUUAACGCUACAAGCAGACAGAAGCAAGCUUUGGCUGAAGAACUGGUAGCUACAAGGAAAGAGGUAGAACGCCAGACUGGUAACUAUGUCCGCGUAGCAAAGGAGAAGGAAAUCCUUACACAAGACAAGGGAGAACUCAUUGUACAGGUCACUGCCACCGAGCGCGAGAACCGCCAGCAGAGCGAGAUGAUCGCAGCACUCCGCAGCGAGAAGGACAGCUUAGAAAGUGCCCUGUACGAGGUGACCCAGCAGGCUCAGGGUCUGGACGCCCGUAAGGAACAACUGGAGGGUGAGAACCAGGAACUCAUCAUCAGGAAGGAGAACUUACAGGCUGAAAUCAACCGCCUGAUGAAGGAGAAGGAGGCAGAUAUCGAGAAGUUCGAACACCAGAAAGAGGAGCUCAACAAGCGUUUGGCACAACUGGAGCGUGACAUGCAGAUGGCUCUGACACAGGAGAAACAGACUCACGAGGAGGACGUAGAGAGACUCACCAGGGAAAGGGAAGUCCAGCGCCAGGAGUAUGAAAACGAGCGUGAUGAACUGCUUCACCAACACGCCAUGGAGAAAGAAGAUCAGGUGAUGAGAAAUGACCGUGAACGUGAAGAACUCCAGGAGGAACUGGCUAACCUUCAGAGGGACCGUGAUAACUCCCUACUCAUGGCCGAGAAUGACAAACAGCAGACUAUGUCCCUACUGGAACAAGAAAAGAGCACUCUGGCUGAGAAGAACAACAACCUCAACAUGGAUCUGGCUGCUGCUAAUGUUGAGUAUGAACGUCUGAAGCGUGAACAUCAGUCACGACAGGAACAGGACCGUACCAACAUCAACGCCCUCAACAGUGAGCUCAAGAACUUCAGGUCUCAGUUUGAGGAGAAGUGCGAGUUACAUGAGAAGGAAGUGAAGGACCUCAACAAUGCUAUCCGCGAUCUGGAUCGCCAGAGAGAGGCUGCCCUGGGUGAGGUAGCAGAGCUGAAGACCCAACUGAAACUGGUGGAAGAAAAUCGGGACAACAUUCGUAGGGACCUCAUUGAUGCAAACAGGAAGAUCAGAGAGGGUGAUGAGAUCAAGGAGCUGAUGAGGAAGGACAUGGUAGAGCUGAAGAGAAAUAUGAAUGAUGAGAUCCGUGAGAAGGACACUGUCAUCAAGACAGCGGAAGAUCUCAGGAACACCGUCAAGAAGAAUGAAUGCGACAAGAUUGAGCUCAACAGGUCUCUCUGUGACCAGAGACAGAAGAGCGCAGUAUUGGAAGAACAGAAGGCUGUUGUCCAAAAGGAGGCUGGUGACCUACGUGCCAGUCUACGUGAGGUUGAGAGAGCUCGUUUGGAGGCUCGCCGUGAGUUACAGGAUCUACGUCGCCAGAUCAAGAUGUUGGACGGUGAGAGAAAUAAACUAGGAAAUGAGGUAUCUGACCUUCAAGUGAGGGUCGCCCGUGAUGAAGAGAAGGAGGAGGAGUCUCGCAGACACUCAUUCGACCUCAAACAGAAGGUUGUAGAGACAGAGGCAAGUAGGGAUGCCCUACGUAAAGAACUUGCCAACCUUCAACGUAAGAUGGGCGAGCUCGCAGACGAGACUCAUCUGAAGGAAAAGGAUUACCAGAUGGCACUUGAGGACAGUCGACGUGCUGAAAAGAAACUUGAGGACAGGGCACGUAACUUGGAAAUCACCCUGGAGCAAAGCAACGCUGAUGAAGCUGAGUUGAAACUGAGGCUAAGCGGUGCUGAAGGUCGGGUAAAUGCCCUUGAAGCAACCUUGGCUAGAUUGGAGGGAGCAAAGCGUGAUGUGGAGUUCAAGCUUAGCAGCAUUGUGUCCAGUUUGCGAAGGACCAUUGGAUUCCGGCAGGAAAUGCCACGUGCACGCAGCCCUGUCAGAUCACGUACACCAAGCCCUCGCCGAUCUCGGCCCAAUUCACCCACUAAAGGAUUUGACAACACCUUUGCCACCACCACAGAAGGCCGAGGCAGUCCCAUUCCUAGAACUGGAUCCCCAGAACGUAUGGGCAGCCCCACCCGUAUUGGCUCCCGUGGGGCUUCACCCAUGAGGUUAGAGUACUCUCGAGAAGUGGCUCCCACCGAUGUGGAUCCUGAGGCAGUCAGGAUGGCCCUUAGGGACUUCGUACAGCAGCUGGCUGGAGCUGAGCGUGAGAGGGACGAUGCUAUCCAACAGAACAGAUCACUUGCCACCCAGCUGAGGGAAAUUGAAGAGGAACGUGAGAGGAUUCAGGCCAGGCACGGACAACUCCAGAAAUCUCUUGGAGAGGUUGAAGAAGACAAGCGUGGAAUUGAUGGACGUCUUGCCAGUGCCCAGACUGCUCUUAUGCUGCAGGAGGAGACAAUCCGACGUAAUGAACGUGACCGUAAGACAAUGUCAGACAAGAUCCUUGCCUUGGAACGCACUGUAGCAGCCAAUGAGACAGAAAAGAGGCAACAGCAGGAGAAACUUGCCAAGAUGAAGCAGACAGAGGCCAAGCUUGAGGAAGACAAAAAAGGAGUUAGGAUGGCCUUGGAUGAGGCAGAGAACAGGUGCACCAAGCUGGAACUGUCCCGUCGCUCACUCGAAGGAGAACUGCAGCGUUUCAAACUUGUCAUGAAUGACAAGGAGACAGAAAACCAGGUUCUACAGGAUCGUGUGGAUGGCCUUGUGAAACAGGUACAGGAACUGGACUCUAAGUCACAGUCCCUACAGCUGACCAUUGACCGCCUCAGUCUGGCCCUUGCCAAGGUGGAAGAGGAAGAGAACUCGCAGAAGGACAAGGUUCAGGCCCUGAAUAUGACUCUGUCAGACACCAAUGCCACCAUUAGUGAACUCCAGGAACGUAUUUCUCAGCUGCAACGUGCAUUGACCAGCAGCGAGCACGACCGUCGUGUUCUCCAGGAGAGACUUGACACAACCAGAUCAGGAUUGAACGAGGCUAAGAAACAGAACCACAGCCUUAUGGAGCGUUGCCAGGGCAUGCAGAAUGAUAUUUCUGACACAGAGGUCAGGAGGUCAGAAGUUGAAGGUCAACUGAGACAGUCACAUGCUAUGCUGGUUCAGAGACAGGAGGCUGAACAGGAGCUGAACCAGACCAUACAGAAGAUCCAGCUUGAGAAACAGAGUCUACACGAACGUGUUCAGGCUUUGUCCAGGCAGCUCGCAGGAAUGGAAAAUGAGAAGCGUGAGAUUGAGAGAUCUCAGAUAAGACUUGAGAAGGAUAAGACUGCCCUUAAGAAAACUCUGGAUAAGGUCGAGAGAGAAAAGCUGAGGUCAGAUGAGAUAGCCAGUAAGACAGCUUAUGAGCGUUCAAAUCUUGACCGCACAUUGGAGAAACUGGAUGAGGAUAACAUUGACAUGCAGAAACAGUGCCAGCAGCUCCAGGCUCAGCUUGCAGAGGCUGAACAGCAGCAUGCCCAGAGACUGAUUGAUCUGACCACUCGUCACCGUGCUGAGACUGAGAUGGAAACUGAGAGAUUGAGGUCAGCCCAGCAGCAGGCAGAGAGGAUGCUGGAGGCUAGAGAGCGAGCCCAUAGACAGAAGGUGAAAGGCCUUGAGGAGACGGUAGCUACCCUAAAGGACCAACUGUCCACUGAGAUGCGUAAGCGCCAACAGUAUAUUUCUCGCAGCAGCCGUACCGGAGAUGAAAUCCGUGACAUUAGAAAUAUACUUGACAGCUCCUUGACUGCAGUCACCCGUGACCCAUCCCUUGACCCCCUGCUGUUGGAAACUGAGACCCGCAAGCUGGAUGACUCUAUGGACUUCCGCUCCACCUCACCUUAUCCCGCAGGUCAACCUUCUCGUCGCCGUAGCCCAGGCCGCACCCGAUACGGUGGCCAGACAUCUACCCCUCUCAGACGGAGCAUGAGUCCUUUAUCUCUCCGCAAAAAGAUUGCACAGAAACACUAACAUUGUACACUACUGCCUUGAGCUGCGUGUUACAGCUGUUGGUCGUUUAGGAAGCAUAUAACGACCAAUACAGAAAAGAACAGACAUUCAGUAUCAUGAGUGAACUAUGCAACAUCAUCUUUUUACAAGAACAUUUGGGGAAAAAAAGUUUGGAAUUACUUUUGUGAGUUAGAGUAUAAGGAAAAAAAAUGUUGAUUUGCGUGAUGAAAUAUUAUUUAUAUUUUCAAUUUCAUUCCAAUUGCUUCAGAACAUUCCCAUCUGUAUUACCAGCAUUAGAUAAGUCAUAAGUCUGUGAGAGACAGCAUGUGGAGAAAAGGAACACCAGUUUUAUACUAUAAAGUUGCGAUUUUACAAUAUAUAAUCAUGUAGUAUUUGAUGAUUAGCUAGUGAUGAAAGAAUACAUGUUGUUAGAGGUAUAUAUAUAUUACAUAUUUAUUUUAUGAAUAAUUCACACUAUUUUUAUUAUCAUAAGUGUCCAUUUUUAAAUGGCAAUGUGGCAAUUUGUUUGUUUUUUUUUUAUUUUGUGUGUGGGGUUACAAGGUUGACACAGUGACCAAAGAUUUUGGAAAUUUUCCUAGAUAUCUUUUGUGUUUACUGGUGUUCAUACCGAAGAAAUCAAAUUCUAUUUACUAGUUUAGUGUUUACAUGUUUAGUGUUUACCGUAAGGUAUCAGUAUUAUUUGUACAGUGAAUGGUGUGUCAGCCACGUCACCAGAUAAAUUACACUGCUGUGAUAUCUAUAUGAGUGUGAAUGUCGUUAUUGAUAAUUAUCACAUAUUAUUAACAGGAAAUCGUGAGGUCAUAUGGUUUAUGAUUUUUUUGUUUUCUCUACAGUAAAUCCAGAUUAUUUCUAAUCCCACAAGGGUCUAGGUCCCCAGCUAUAAGUGUCCAUUAUGGAAACCAAGGAACAUGAGUAUCUGUGAUCUAAUGUCACUGAUUGGUUGGCUACAUAAUGCUACUUAAAACAUGAUGGCACAAUUGAUGUUAUGGAUUUUUUUUCUAUGUUGAACUUUAACCUAUUUGUUGACUUAUAAAAUUUAGCCAUAUUUUCAUUAGUAUGCAUAGAUAUUAUGCUUUAAUGAACUAGAUUUGUUACAACCUCUAAUUUAUUGUGAUUAUAAUCCAUACCUGCCCUUCCUCCUCUCUGUCCACAUCUUAAUUGAGAAAACAACAAACAAUUAGGAAAACGUGGGGUAGAAGGAUUUUUCUGUGAUAGAUGUUAUUUUUUUCUUGGAUAAUUUUGCCCCCUACAGCACCAUGCGAGUCUGGUGUAGGCAGGUUCGGAGGAAGGGCGUGGCCCUCAGGCUAUUGUUAGUGUGUUGGGAGGAGUAGAUGUUUCUGUGUUUACACAUUAAUGGUAUGAUGUUUAUUAUUAUAAGCAGCUGUGAUGAGUUAUUCCCUCCACUUGGGAUCUGUAGUCAAGUUAGUAGAUAUCAGCGUCCGUCCAGACAAAUUUUUGUAUCAGUUUUUUUUUUAUCACCGAGCUUGUUUGUUUUGCUGUUUUUGCUAUAAUAGUUAUAAUUUCUACAUAAUGGAGAAAACUGUUUUUCUUUCUAGAAUUUUUAUGUGGAGUUUCUCACUGAUCACACUGUGACCCACACUGUCUGUAUCUUAUCACAAACAAAUGACAUGAAUAAAACGUGUGC